AGCAAACCCUGGAAGAGAGAGGAAACAUGAGUCUGUGGGCCGUUCUGUUGUUUGCUCUCGUCGCUCAGACCAUCGCUGCAGACGAGUCAUGCAUGGGCCGCUGUGAGAACGGCUUUGACUCCGAGAAGAAGUGCCAGUGCGACACCAUGUGCAAGUACUACAAGAGCUGCUGCAUGGACUUUGAGGCCAUUUGUGGCAUGAUAGCUCGUGGGGACACGUUUGAGAUGGCGGAAGACGAUGAAGAUGAUCUUGAAAGCACCACAGCGCCCACUAUGCUGCCCAUCGCUGACUUUCCCCUCAAACCUCAACAGCGACCAGAAGUCACAUUAGUUAUGAAUAAGCCUGUGCCGGAGCCUCCAACAACAACUGUGCCGCCAUCAUUAAAUCCCCCCAGUAGCACCGAAAUCAGAAAUGCAACGGCUCCAACAAGCGCACCUCCUACCACACCGCCAAUGACACCUGGCACCACUGCGGUUCCUGACCGUGAUGCUGAAACGUGCAGUGGCAGGCCCUUUGACGCUUUCAUGCAGUUGAAGAAUGGCUCCAUCUUUGCCUUCAGAGGCGAGUACUUUUUUGAGCUGGACCAGCAGACUGUACUUCCUGGCUAUCCUAAGCUCAUAAAGGACGUGUGGGGCAUCAGCGGGCCCAUCAAUGCCGCUUUCACCAGGGUCAACUGCCACGGGAAGACAUACAUAUUUAAGGGGAGCAAGUACUGGAGAUUUGACAAUGGCGUAUUGGAUGAAGACUAUCCCCGGGAAAUCAGCGUGGGCUUUGACAAUAUUCCGGAUCACGUGGACGGCGCCUUCGCCCUCCCCGCUCACAGCCACAGCGGCAGAGAAAGGGUGUAUUUUUUCAAAGCGGAUCGGUAUUACGUCUAUGAGUUUUUACACCAGCCGUCCCACGAGGAGUGCGUCACCUUGUCCGAGAGGUCUCCAUCCACGCUCUUCAGACGCUACACGAACAUGUACUCCAGGAACAACGAGAGAUUUUUCACUGAUCUCUUCUCAGACAUGCCCCAGCAUCACAGCCAUUACCACUUCAUUGACAAAGACUGGAAGGGUCUCAAGUCACCGGUGGAUGCUGCCAUGGCUGGACGACUCUACGUCCCUCCGCGCCGAUAUUGGGACCGGGACCAGCAGUAUGGUCAGCAGUAUGGACAGCAGUACAAUAGGAGGUAUGGUCAGCAGUGGGGGAGAAGGAGGUGGAACCGCUCGCCCUUUUGGGAAUCCAUAGCCGAGAGUGGCAUGAGCAUGGGCCAGCAGUUUGCCGAAAGGGGGAUGGACAUGGGCCUAAGGCUGGCUGAGAGGAGGAUGGAGAUGGAGGAGAGGCUGGGACGAGACUGGAGCAGACAGUGGGAUCAGGACUGGGACCAGGACAGACGCAGAGACGGCUACCGGCAGAACAACAGAGGCAACUUCGACGACAGGAAUGACUACAGGUACUACGGGCGGAGUCUGCCCGUACAGAGCGUCUACUUCUUCAAAGGAGAUAAAUACUACCGAGUGGAUCUCAGGACCAAGAGAGUGGACCCGGCCAUGCCUCCAUAUCCCAGAUCCAUCGCCAAGUACUGGCUCGGCUGCACUGAUAGGGCGGGAGCUGAGAAGUAGUAACCGGAAUCUUUUUUUUUUUAGAUUGGACAUUCACAUCCGAUUUGCGUGAGAUGGGUUCAGUAUAACACAUAACUGGCUUGCUUGUCAGGUUGAGCAAAUACUGAAGAUGAUCUAAAGUCCAAAGUCGAGCUGACUCGCUUUGUUUACUGGCAUUACAACAUAAUGCAGUGCAAAAGCUUCAGAGGUACUGUUUCUAAGUGUAAAGAUUAAAAAUCAUAUGCUUCUGCCUUACAAUGAGUAGUCUGUCCAUUUACACAUUUCAUUGGACAAUAAAAGGCUCCAGAAUAUU